ACGCUGCUGCCGAGAGGGUUGAUAUGAGGAAAAGUGGAAAUUCGCAUUGAUUGAUGCGUUUGUAAAACGUUCAGCUAGCUAUGUUCCGGUCGCCGCUCGCAAAGUAUCACAGCAAAACGUACCAAACCCGCACGAGCUGGGGCUGCAGCCUGCGCUCCGAGGCGCCGUGUGCGGCAUAAGGCGGGCCGCGGGGUCGGUGGUCCGAGUCCUCGCUAGCUGCCUGGGCUAGCCAUGCUAGCGCCAGCCCGCUAGCUUUGUUUACAUCCAGCGCGGGCCGGAUUACAACCAAACAAUGUGCGACUGUAGCCCGUGCAGCUCGUGAAUUAUCCGUCAGCGUUGGAUCCCCCCCGACCCCCCAUGGAGCAUUUGUGGAGAACAUCGGGCUGGUGUGUGAGCUAACAGCAUGCUAACCUAUUGAUCAUUGCUGCAGUGUCGGGGCAGCUCGCUGAUCAUCAUGAUCGCUGCUCAUAAUCUGUCAUUUAUGUGUAUAUAGCUCUGCCUUCACGUACUGGAGUGAGUAAUCCCCCCCUCAUUUCCUAAAGACUUGGGUGUGUAGACCCCGGAUCUCCCCUAAACCAGCAGUAUUUCCCCGGUGAGGGGUGCACCGACAUGAAUCCCGCCCGAGCGACCGCCCUGUACGUGUCGGCCAGCCGGGCCGUGCUGCAGGGCUCCCUGGCAGAGAUGUACCGGCUGCUGCCCUGCCUGCGGCAGGCGCUCGCCUGCCUCGUCUGCGGUAAAUUGCUCCAGGAUCCAAUUUCUCCAACGCACCCAGAGUGUCAGCAUUAUGUCUGCUUGGGCUGUAAAGGCCUGAAGAUGCAGAUCAGGCCAUCGUGUAAUCGCUGUAGGGACUAUUCCUGCUUCCAGGAGAACAAACAGCUCUCUUUACUUGUGGAGUGCUACAGGAAGCUCUGCCUCUAUGUCACCCAUUCACCGUUGCUGCAGUCAGUCAGCAGCCACGUCGGAGGAUCUCCAGAGGUCAUGACCUUGCUAGAGGAGGUGCUGAUGUCACACAAAGAGGAGGCAGAGGACACAGAAGACUUGUUAGUAGAAGAUGUGAUCCUGUCUGCUCCUGAGUCCCUAACCCCCACAGAAGCACCACCGGCUCCCGCAGAGCUCUCAGCUGUUCCCCAAAGCUCCUCUUCUGACCCUCCUUCUUAUAACGGACCACAGGAAUGUAAUGGACAAGCAUUAGAAGAUGUUGUUCCCUCUUCCCCUGAGUUGGAAGUAUGUGAGCUGGUAGAAGAACAGCCACCUGCAGGCGUGUCAGUAUCCGAUAGUGCUUGUGGUCUGGAGCUGAGUCUGACACCUGCCUCUUUAGCCCCAAUACCAGGCACUGUGUGCUCACUCAGGGAAUCUAGUAGCAAGGAGUUGGAGGAAGGAGAAGUGUUGCUCCUCAGUGUAGAGGAGGUGUUACAGACAUUGGAUCCCCUCCAACCUGGUCGAGACUCUCUUCACACGCAGCCAGAUAGGACUCACACACACAUAACAACGGACAGAGCACACACUCAAAUGUACAUACAACUGGAUACAGCCCACAACUACACACAGAUUCACACUGAGAGGACUAACGCAGUGACAGACCACGGCGCUCACAUACACACAUCUUCCUUUGAUCAUCCCUCAGCUUCCAAGCUCCUGCCAGUCCGCCUUAACCGCAAGCGAUCUCGUUCAGAAAGUGACAGGGAGAAGGUGAAACCUCUCCCCAUCACCUCCAUCCUGCAGGGCUCCUCUUCAAACGUAAACUGUCCAAACCCCCCACAGACUGUGCACACAAAAUUGCCUACACCUCCCCUAACCGUACCAGCGCACACAUACUCAUCGCUUCUCAAUGGCGCAUCUCCCAAGCCCAGUCGCCCUGUACAGAACCACAGUAAAGGUGGCAGGAAGCAAGUGGAUCAGAACCCCAAGAAGCCCCAUGCGAAGGCCCGCAGCAGCGGAGGCUCCAAGUCCAAGGACCGAAGCAAAGACCAGCGCCCGAUGCCAGGUUGCCUGGUGUCCGCAGCACCUGUCAGGCCCCCGUAUAAGAAGCCGGUGGAGAAAAAGGGCUGUAAGUGUGGCAGAGCCACGCAGAAUCCAUCUGUGUUGACCUGCAGAGGGCAACGUUGUCCCUGUUACUCAAACCGCAAGGCAUGUCUAGAUUGUAUCUGUCGAGGUUGUCAGAACUCUUACAUGGCAAACGGAGAGAAGAAGCUCGAGGCCUUCGCCGUGCCAGAGAAGGCCUUAGAACAGACACGGCUCACACUCGGCAUCAACCUGACCAGCAUCACAGCAGCCGCGGCGCUACGCAAUCCAACAAGCGCCACCAUCCGCCACAACACCAUCCUUAAUGUCGCCACUGCAACGGGAUCCCCCGUGACCACUGCCUUCCUGUCCACCAGCCCCUCACAAGAUCCCAACUAUGAGGACAGCCUGGAGCUGCUGAUUGGAUGAGAGGCUGGGACUCCCAAAAUAGACAGCUCGGUGCCGAUUGAAUGUGACGAUUGAUCGUUGUGUCUGUCAGAGAGUCUGUAUCUCCUCCGGAAGGGAGGAAGUCUAAGGCAGCUAUGGGUCUCUCCCGUUCUGUAACCUGCUCUUCUUCUGUGUUGGAAAACGUUGAGUAGUAAGACUAGCAUGGGUGUGCCAAAGCCUCCUGUAUCGUGCCUGUGUGCUGGUGUGUGUUGUUGCCUGUAUGUAGUUAAACACUUGUACUAUGUUCAAAGGAUGUUCUGUACUUCAGAGGUGCUUUUUUUUUUUUUCUUCAUAGACCGCAGACAUACUGUAAGAGGCAAUCAACACACAAAGGAGUUGCAUGCACAUAAAUAUAUGUGCAUGCAGUUUACUUUUUUUUUUUUUUUAAUUUGGAGCAUAAUGCCAACUAAAGACGGAUCAUUAUGUCACGGUUCCCCAUUUUGAAUAAUCCAUCACAGAAAUGCAUUAUUGGUAUCAGGUCAUACUUUACUAAUCCUUAAUCUCGUUCACACUUUUGCUGUGAACGGCUCUUGUGAAUAAUUUAUGGAGAUCGUCUGACACAAGACUUUAUACUCUUUCUCUCAUUCAUUCACUCAAUCCAAGUACUGUCUGAUGUUCAAAUAAUUUGUCUUAAUGAACUUCACUGAUGCAGGCAUUGCACAUGCAGGGAGAUCAUAUAAAAGCACUCGGCUGGCUCCAAGUUUUGUGUGUUCACCUGCUGAGAUUAACUCUAGUCUCGGCGGGUUUGGAGGUCAUUAGCACUUAGUUUGAUUGCUCAAAUUACAUCUAAAACCUUUAUCAUAGCAAUAGAAACUCCAGCAAGGAGCCUUCCUGCCCCCACGUGUAGUUCCUUAAAGUAUUGCCAUUACAAACUGUAACUCACUGUUCUCUAAAUAAUUCGUGUUUUGACUUAUAGGAUCGUACGUGACUGUGUAGAGAAAAACUGAAGCCAUAGGUUGUCGUAAAGAAGACAAAAUAUCCUUUAACAAUGUUUCUUCCCACUACACGGUUGAAAUGUCCCGAGUGGUCAAAGAUUAUUUUUGAUAAAGUGUUUUAGUUUUGGUAACGGUGUCUUUUGGUUAAGCCACAACGGACCCCUCCCUUCGUUCACAAUCUCACGUUUUUGUCUGCCUUUGUGUUUACAAUCUCAGCUGUAAUUACAAUAUGUUUGUCGGUUCAGUCGCAGUGACCAAAACCAAAAGAAAAGACUGAAGAAAGAAGACUAUGGGUUGCAAACGCGUGGGUUCUCCACGAACAGGAUGUAGCAGGUGGAUUAAAGGUUGAUAAGCAAGUAUGACCCAUUAUUCUGUGUGUAUGUUGCUGAUUGCAUUUCUUUUGGGCAUUACUUGAACCCCGAUUAGUUUUUGAUAUAUAUUUUUUUUUUAUUAAUGUAAACAUUUGUUAAAGGAGUGGCACGUUUUGCUGAAAUGUUCACUGCCAUAUUAUGGAGACAUGUAAGACAACAUGAAUUAAAUGAUAGUUUUUUACUUUUUCA